AUACGAGGAGUCAACGAGAGAGAGAGAGACCUAACUUAGUUCCUCGGCCAAACGAAAUCGAGAGAUAGUUGACGGCGAGGGAAGAGAGAAUGUGGUUCACCGGCGGCGGCGGAGGAGGACUGAGGAAGCUCUGUAGAGCCUCGGCGACUGUUUUCGAGAACGAGAUGAGCCAUAACUCUCUGUUGUCAGUGAGAUACAUGUCGAGAGAGCGAGCUGUAAACGUGAGGAAGAUAAACCCUAAGGUCUCGAUCCAAGAAGCUCACACCAUUUCCAGCUCUCUCUACGACGUCUUCAAGAAACAUGGACCUCUCUCCGUUCCCAACACUUGGCUCCGCGCUCAGGAAGCUGGGGUGAGUGGAUUGAACAGCAAGACGCAUAUGAAGCUGAUGCUGAAAUGGAUGAGAGGGAGGAAGAUGCUCAAGUUAAUCUGCAACCAAGUUGGUUCCUCUAAAAAGUUCUUUCAUACCGUUUUACCUGAUGAUGAUCCUCAACAAGAGACGUCUCCACCAGUUGCUACUGCUACUGCCACUGAGAAGAACAAAAAACAAACCUCCAAGAGAAGAAGCAAAUAAGGAUUUGCCACAGAGUUUUUUUUUUUUUGCCUUUCACAUAAAGACAAAAUCCCUGUGGACUUGUUUGUUUCUGUGUCCAAGGAAAUGAAUGUGUUUCCAUCUCCCAGAGUUUAGAAAUUUUUAGGGUUUGUUUCCAUCCUUUUGCUCUGUUCCCUAUGAAUAAAAGAAACAUCAAUUUACAUUGCAACAA